CGCGGGGCAGUACUGUGGCAGAGAGGAGGACGAGGAGGAAGAGAAAGAGGAAGAGGAAGAGGAAGAGGAAGAGGAAGAGAAGAGGUGAAGUACUGAGGCAGAGAAGAGGAGAAAGAGAAGAAAGAGAGAGAGACAAGUGUAGCGGAAGAACCACGCCCUCCUGACUUAUAGGACCCAAACUCACCCACCCACCCACACACACACACACACACACACACACACACACACACACACAGACAUGGGCUUCAGCGGGUGGGACUGGGCGGUGUUCGUGGCGGCCCUGAUAGCGUCGCUGGGCACGGGACUGGCGGCGGGGUGGGUGGCGCGGCGCAGGACGGUGCGGGGCGACGCUAAGGGCACGGCGGCGGAGUUUCUGAUGGGCGGCAGGACGCUCAACCCGCUGGUGGUGGCGCUGUCAACCAUGGUGGGCGCCGUGUCUGCCAUCACACUGCUGGGCAACGCGGCAGAGAUGUACGCCUUCGGAACACAGCUGUGGAUGAACCAUUUCGGCAUAGUCUUGGGCUUCGUUUUCGUGCACCUGGUCAACCUGAAAGUGCUGUACCCGCUCCGCAUCACCAGCGUCUUCACGUACAUCGAGGGGCGUUUCCAGUCCAAGGCGCUGCGGUCAUUUACUACCGUCUUCACCUUCCUCGGCACCUUCCUGUACCUAGGUCUCUGUGCCUACACGCCCUCGCUGGCCAUGCAGACGCUCACUGGCCUGCCUACCUGGGCGUCCAUCGUCAUUAUGGGCGGGAUAUGUACAUUCUACUCUGCCUGGGGCGGCGUGCGGGCAGUGGUGUACACGGACAUGCUGCAGGUAUUGGUGAUGGUGGUGGGCGUGGUGGUGAUCCUGGUGACAGCCGUGAUGGAGGUGGGCGGCCUAGGCAGGGUGUGGGAGGUCGCCAGGCAGCAUGGCAGGGUGGAGCUGUGGAACGUGGACCCGAAUCCCCUGCAGCGUCAUAGCCUGUGGUUGGUCACCGUGCAAGGCUACUUCCUCCCUCUGGUGCUGUUUGGGACGGGCCAGGCUCAGGUGCAGCGUGUUUGCUCGGUGGCCACGUGGAACAAGGCCGUUGGGGCUCACUACCUCAACCUCGCUGUCCUCCUCACUGUGGUCUCCUGCUGCAACCUGAUGGGCAUAGCUAUCUUCGCCGUGUACGCCACCUGCGAUCCCCUGGCGACGGGGGCGAUCCAGAAGGCUGAUCAGAUCGUGCCUUUCUACGUGAUGGACCGCCUCUCCAGCCUUUAUGGCGUUGCGGGGCUCUUCAUGGCCUCCCUCUAUGCCGGGGGACUGAGCACCUACUCCUCCCAAAUCAACGGUGUGGCCGCCGUGCUAUGGGAGGGCAUCUUCAGGGACGCGGCGUGUGUGGCGGCGCUGAGAGAGGAGCGGCGCCCCCUGGUCAACGUGGCAGUGAGCGUGGUGAUAGGCGUGGCGGGCAUGGUCUCAGGUCUGGCGUGCACGUGGGUGGGCGGCGUGUUCCAGGCGGCGCAGACCAUCUUGGGCACCAUCAACGCCCCGCUGCUCGGCCUCUUCCUGCUGGGGAUGUGCUGCCCCUUCGCCAAUAAGACGGGCGGUGCUGUGGGUUUGGGCGUGUCUCUCGCCUUCAACAUGUGGGUGUGUGUGGGCGCCAUGCUCUUCAGCCCGCCGCCAACGACACUCCCCUUCUCAGAUGAGGGAUGCAACUCCUCCACAUCGUUCCCUUCCUCCUCCUUCCCCUCCACCUUCUCUUCCUUCUCUAGUACUAACUCUCCUUCGUCUUCCUCCUUUGUGUCCUAUUCCACAUCGUUAUCGUCUGUCUCCCAUUCUUUCUUUCCUUCCAUGGAGUCUACGUUCUCCUCCACAUUUUUCUCUUCUUCCUUUUCCUCCUCCUUCCUUCCCUCCCUCACCACCACAGAACGUCCGGAAGAGCCGCACGUCUUCCCCCUCUACCUCAUCUCCUACACGCUCUACCCGCUCAUUGGCGUCUCCAUCACGGUACUCGUCGGCGCCUUUACGUCUCUGAUCUCCAAGCCGUGGACCACUGAGCAGGCCGGCAGGAUAUACCUCCACCCGACCUUCUACGCCCUUCAAAGGAGGUGGGAGAGGCGCGGCGGUCCCCGGAACCCGCCUUCCGCCAGCACACAGACUCUCGUGCCCCUAGAGAAAUUCUGACGACAGAUGUGACAGGUUAUGAGACUCACCUAUGUUGUGGUGAUGGUGGUGGUGGUGGUGGUGAUGAUGAUGAUAAGAACAUAAGGGAAGCUGCAAAAAGCUAUCAGGUAGUAGUAAUAGUAACAGUAGUAGUAGUAGUAGUAGUAGUAGUAGUAGUAGCGUUUGUUGUUGCUGUGGUAGUAAUGGUAAUAGUGCGCGAAGGAACACGAAGAAAGAACCAAGAGCAACAGACUUGUUGGCCCCUACGAAACUUCAUAAGUUAUACUAUCAAUAAUGUAAUGUUGGUUGUGAUAGUAGUAAUAGUAAUAAUGAUAGUAGCAGUAGUGGUAGUAGUUGCAGCAGCAGCAGCAGCAGCAGUAGUAGUAGUAGUAGUAGUAGUAGUUGUAGUAGUAGUAGUAGUAGUAGUAGUAGUAGUCGUAGUAGUAGCAGUGGUGGUAAUAGAAGUAAUGAUUUUUGUUGUAGUGGUAAAAAUCUGGUUUAAAAAGGAAUCACUUUAUAGAUAACACCUAUUAAUAAAACAACAGAUUGG